UACUGUCUCUAAGAAACUUCUGUUUAUUGAGGCUUGACAUACUCUCAUGUUUUGGUAACAAAACAUCUUUGAGACCCAGGACCCAAGUCACAGAGGAAAAUGCAAGGCUUAUACAAGACUGCUGGCCAGAUUCUCAUUACUCUGGGGGCUCUCAGUGUAUUCUCUGGAGUUAUUGCUUUCUUCCCAGUCUUUUCCUACAAGCUUUGGUUCACAGGAUGGAGUGUCUGGAUUGCUUGUCCCAUCUGGAAUGGAGCUUUGGCCAUCAUGACUGGUAUACUCCUACUGUUGGCUCACAAAGAGUGGACCGAGAGACACCUGUGGGAAGCUAGUUUCACCUUUGUGGUUCUGAGCAUCCUGGGAUGUCCACUUCAUUUUACUGUAGCCUUGGCAUCUGCUCUCCUUGGCCCGUAUUGCUUCUACUCAUUUUGGGGGAUUGCAGGGACCAAUUACCUUGGUUAUGCAGUUGCCUUUCCUUUUCCAUAUGCAAAAUUCCCAUCAGUUUGUGUAGACCCACCACACUAUGAAGAGUACCAUCUGACACUUCAAGCCUUAGACCUGUGCCUGAGCUUUGCCAUGCUCUGUGUGUCCCUGACAGCGUUCAUCACACUUUCUGCAAGACUUAUCCGGAAUGGACAUAUAAAUGUAAGUUUCCAGAAAGGGGGAGCCAGUUCCUGUUCCAUCCUAAAUGCUAAAAUGGAAAGUUUGGUACAUUGA